GCAGAUGGAGUUUGGACAUCAUCAGCUUUUCUUCUUUCAGUCUGACGCUUGUUUUGAACACUUUGGAGUUUAUUUUGCCCGGCACGCAGAAGCGGACAUCGGUCAACCGUGAUUCUGCUCUGCUCGUUUGCUGUUCGGAGUUUAAAGAUGAGCGCGAAUGGAAACGCGGCGUUGGGGGUGCGUUUAACGGAGGAUCAGGUUAAAGUUCUGGAGGAGAAUUUCACGAAGGUCAGCAAACACCCGGACGAAACCACGCUGAUGCUGAUCGCGGCGGAGUGCGGGCUGAGCGAGGAGCAGACAGCGGUAUGGUUCAGAAUGAGAAAUGCCCAGUGGAGGAAAGCUGAAGGACUUCCAGCUGAACUGGGCUCAGUGAAGGACUGACGGAGGAGCUUCAUUCUUCACCUUCUCUCUUUCUGAGUCUGCUCCAGUGAUUGAUCAUCUCACUGUCUCUCGUUUUUCUCAUCUGAGGAUGUUUUCUGAAAGGGAUCGUUCACACAGAAAUUACAGUUAUCAUCGUUUGCUCUCAUUUAUUAAACAUCCUUAAUGGUUUCAAACCUUUAUGAGCUUCUUUAUUGUCAAACACGAAAGGAGAUAUUUUGAAGAAUGCUAAAAAAUCGGUAACCCAUGACUUCUAUAAUGCUAUGGAAGUCAAUGGUUACUGAUUUUUCAGCAUUAUACUAUAGUUAUAACUGUGAUGUCUAUCAUACUAUGGAUAUCAUAUUUUUCAGAUACACUAUGGAAGUCAAUGGUUACCGGUUUUCACCUUUUCUCAAAUCAUCUCCUUUUGUGUUUGACAGAAGAAUGAAGGUUUUUAAACACUUAAGGGAGAGUAAAUAGUGAGUCUCUAUUUUUUAAGUUUGAUCUGAACGCUCAGUGUCUGCGUAUGCCACAUAUAUAUAUAUUAUUUUAUUGCCAUAAUAGCUAUCAUAUGUAUGUGAAUGAGCUAAAUGUAAGCACUUGUAUAUAAAGAAUUGCACAUGUUGGUUUUAUUUCAUGAGUUUUCAAGGUUUCUUUCUUCAUUUUAGGAUCAUAGAUAAGAAAUAAACACAGCAGCAAGUGUAAAACUGUGUGCUUCAUCUAUAAUCCUACAGAAAAAUUUAAAAUAAUCUAGAUUUCUUUAAUAAAUGAUUAAAUGAAGGCCAAAA